AUGCAAAAUGGAUCAAUAUUGACGGAGAGCGAUCCUUUAAUGAAUAUCGAUGCAAGACUGACAAGAACGUCCGAAGAAGUGGAGGCUAUGCCGAGAAUUGAGAUAGCAACAUAUGCCGGAGUGGACGUGUACGAGUGCUACUGUAGAGGGUUUGAAUCUCGAAUUGUGAUGCGAAGAUGUCUCGAUAAUUGGGUUAACAUCACACAGGUGUUUAAGAUCGCGUCAUUUUCCAAGACUCAGAGGACAAAAAUCCUGGAAAAGGAAUCCAACAUGGUAAAGCACGAAAAGAUUCAAGGUGGGUACGGUCGAUUCCAGGGAACUUGGAUCCCACUGGAAAGUGCACUUUAUUUGGUCGAAAAGUAUAACGUGAACGACCUGGUGGUAUCAACGAUACUCAAUUUCCAGCUAGAUCCGUCUGAUCCGCCAAUUCGACGCUCCAAAAACUCUGUGAUGAAAAAACAGUCGCCAGGCUCCAAAAUCCAUUCUCCCUCGAGUUACAACAAGACCCCGAAGAAAAGCGGACCCCCAAUGAUCAAAAAACAUAGCAAAAAAAGGCUCAGUACUUCAAUGGGUCAUGUAGCUCACAGCGCACCAGCUGCAGUCAAGAAGAGCUCUCAAAUUCAUCCCAGCCCCUUGCAGAAUUUAGCUUUUCAAACGCCACAGCACCAACAGCAUGUUUCCAUGCAGCAUAAUAACUCCACAGUGAUUGCACCCGAUCAGCAGACUCCCAUGCAUCCAUCUUCCUACGAGGCAACUCAAAAACCGCUACAGUUUUACCCUUACCCACAACAGCAACCUGCGUUUCUGACGUUCGAUUCCAAUCACCCUCAUCAACAGCUUCCUCCUAAGCGUACCAAGAAGGCCAACAAAGUUCCAUCGUCCAACCAGUUUCAGGCCCAGCAUAGUUUUCGAGUCAUUAAGCAGCAAUUUAUGGACCGCAAGAAUUAUGAGACUGGAAAAUCUAUACCGCACGCAAUGGUGACAAUUCAUCCACAGCCUGCUGCUCACAAGAAUACACAAUCCAAUGGCUCUAAUGGCUCAAACGGGUCUUCCAUUGAGUGCUUUUCAGCGCGAGAAGAACCAUCGCCAAUCUCUUCCCGAUCGGCCUCUCCCAAGCCAAGAAAUCAGCCCAAACUAAGUGUGAAAAAUGACACUAAUAACAAGCAAGUAACCGCUGAAGAGUACAAAGAUAUUUUGCUGCAAGUGCUGUCCUCAGAUUACUCAUUAAGUGACUCAGAUUCCAUCAUGCUACCCGAAGAACUAUACAACUGUCCGCCAGAUCUCGAUAUCAACUUUAUCAUCGACGAUCAAGGACAUAGCGCAUUACAUUGGGCUGCAGCCAUGGCGAAUGUGCCAUUGCUCAAACUUAUUUUGAGUCUUUCUGCUGACAUCUCAUUGUGCAACGACCGUGGAUUCAACACGAUUACCAAGGCAUGUUUUUACAAUAAUUGUUACAAAGCGGGGGUUUUCCCCAAAGUACUGGAGCUUUUGAAGCCGUGCAUUAUAACACCUGAUGUGAAUGGUAGAAUUCCGCUUCAUUACUUAGUGGAAUUGAGCGUGAACAAAUCUAAGGAUCCGGCAGUGGUAAAUUACUAUCUGGAUACCCUGCUUGAUGUUUUGGGUCAGGAAGACGUGGCACUACUUCGGAUGUGUCUUAAUCAUCAAGACAGUGCGGGGAAUACGGUGCUUCACCUUGCAGCUUUGAAUCUCAAUUUGGAACUUUGCAACAAACUAUGCUAUCUUGGUGGUUUAAUGUCUAUAUUGAACCUCGAGCAUGAAACAGCGACUUCGCUGUUAGCCAGGUUCAACUUGGUACCGCCGACGUCACAGGAGUUGGAAGACUCUAUAGCCGACAUGGUUGAAGGUGUUCAAGACCAAAGACCAACGCAAAUGAGGCUCAGCACUCCAGUAAUGACGAAAAAGAGGAAUGGCAGCUUUUCGCAGAUCGGCGAUAAUACCAUCAACAUGACCCACGACUUGACGUCAUUUUCAAGCAUUCCCAACUCACUUGUUAAUACCUCUAAGGUUAAGAGUCCGCACCAUAAUACAGUCAUUUCCGAGCCCCUUUCGGUUUCUUCUACAGUCAACAAAGUCAUCAAACCUGUGCAUCCUGUACCCUUGGUGCGCCCCGGGCAGGCCCGUUCAACGCAGGCGCUGGCAAAACAGUUAUCGAAUCUAAGUGCCUCGUUCACUUCCUCAGUGGACGACCAAAUCAGUGCUUUGGAGCUCGAGAAGGAAAAAGUCAUAGGUCGCGUCGAUACCAUCAAACACACUCUCGCCAAUAAUACGAAACUAGUACAUGAGCUACUGCAGGGCCAGGCGAGCCCCGACGCACUUCGCGCAGAUGUCGAGAAACAAGCUAACCAAGUACGCGUUCAUAUGUCACAUUUGACAAACUCCAUUGAAAAGUCGCAAGCAUUGGCCCUAGCCACAUGUGUCCACGAGGAAGAGUCCGCGAUGGGAUCGAAUCUCAAUUCUCCUCAGAAGGAAGGCCACAUAAAUUCACCCGUUCGUGUCAUAGGACACCACCUCCUACGACUGGGUCUACAGCUGACUUUACUACAACACAAACGUAAACACACCAUCGAAAGGAUAUCCAGAGGCAGAUCUGAAGCAUACUCUUCUGUCAAGAUAAAGAAGUAUCGGAAGCUGAUAGGUACGACCGUGGAUGACAUUGACUCGAAAUUGGACGAUAUCGAGAAAGAUCUCGCUGCUACUGCUUAG